AUCUCAUAUGGUCGCCAUUCACAUCGUUCACGUGUGCUGAUAACCUCCAGAGAAGCGCGUCCCCGCGAGCUGAUCGGUUCAUGGCCUCACGACUCGAGAUCCACAUCACAACGCCACGAUGACCGAGUCCCCGAUACCUUCACUGAAGUGGACUGGACAAUACACGGUUUCGGCGCCGGUUUCUGGGCAGAAGUUGUCUGGCGACAAGAUACUGCUACCUCCAUCGGCGCUUGAGCAGCUACUGAGUGCCUCAUCGAAUGCUGCAGCAGAGAAUGCGCGACGAGAUCUCCCGCAAUAUGAUCCAUACAACUCCUCGACUUAUUCGGCUUAUCGGCAGGCCGAGUCCCAAUAUCAGGACCAACGCCAACAACUCCCAUAUCCGCUGACGUUUCGACUUGUGAGUCCCGAGAAUGAUCGUGUCGUGUACGCUGGCAUUCGCGAGUUCUCUGCUGAAGAAGGACACGUCGUUCUGAGUCCGUUUCUUCAUGAGACCCUAGGCAUUCCUGUGACGCCGACCAAGCAUGGCGAGGAGAUGGAAGUCGAUGAGGCGGACGACAUGGGACAAAGUGGCGCUUCGGAGCCCACGAUCACGAUCCAUGCACGACAACUGCCCAAAGGCACAUUCGUGAAGUUGCGACCUCUAGAACCUGGAUACGAUCCUGAGGACUGGAAAGCGUUGUUGGAACAGCACCUAAGAACAAACUAUACAACCAUGACGAACGGCGAAGUUCUGAUCGUCCCGGGAGGACGGGGAACCGGGGGAAAGAAAGAAGAAUACAGAUUUCUGGUCGACGGCUUCAAGCCGGACGUCGAUGGCAUUUGCGUGGUCGACACGGAUCUAGAGGUAGACAUAGAGGCGUUGAACGAAGAGCAGGCUCGAGAAACGAUGAAGCGUAUAGCAGCAAAGAUGGCGAAACAACCAGGCACGGAACACGGCAGCUCUCCAGGUGGGGAGUUGGAUCUCUUCAAAGAGCAGCAUGGACAGGUCCUGCCGGGAGAGUAUGUCGACUACCAGUUACCAUCAUGGAACCGAUCUCAAGCGUUAGAAUUCGAGCUCGUGGCCGAGGACGACCAGGAGGAUGUCAAUAUUCUGAUCAAUCCAUUCUCUCCAACUCAAAGGUCAAAGCCGCGCAUCGACGAAUUCGUUUUCGCCGAUCUCGACACAAGACCAAGGAAGCGGAUUCGAUUGGAGCCGACCAAUGCAGAGUUGGAGCACGCCGAAGCAUUGCAAGUAUCAGUGUGGGCAUUUGCACUGGAAAGCCAGAGCAACGGGCACGCCGAAGCCGCCACAGAGCCUCGCCACUUCACACUUCGUGUCAAACAUGCAGACGGCCCCGCCAAUGUGAUCAAUUUGACUGAAGAAAGCGAAGAGGCGCCGCCAAACGAAGGAGAUGUACGAUGCAAGAACUGCCUACAGUGGGUACCUCAAGGACGACUAGUUCUCCACGAGAAUUUCUGCUUGCGCAACAACAUUCUUUGUCCAAAAGGUUGUGGUCAGGUCUUCCAGAAGCGCUCUCCUGAGUAUGAGCAACACUGGCAUUGUUCACACGAUGAUUCUUUUGGCAAUAGCCAGUCGUCGCGGAAGCAGCACGACACGAUCACACAUCCAACCGAGGUAUUACGAUGCAGUGAUUGCAGCACAGCGGAAACGUUCCACAACUUGCCUGCUCUGGCCCGACAUCGAACCACAACAUGCCCAGGUAAACCUAUACUAUGCCGCUUCUGCCAUCUUGAGGUACCUCAAGAGGGGGACCCAGAUGUGCCAAACGCAGAGGCUUUGCUCUCUGGCAUGACGGUGCACGAGCUUGCCGAUGGUGCACGAACAACGGAGUGUCACCUGUGCCAGAAGAUCGUCCGUCUUCGUGAUAUGGAGACUCAUCUCAAGAACCAUGACCUUGAUCGGUUCAAUCGCCAAGCUCCAAUUCCAUGCCGCAACGUCUACUGUGGUCGUACACUCGACACUUGCUCAAAGAACGGCGAUACUCGAGCCGGCACUCGGAUGGGACAAGGUCCCGGUAACGAUGUUGGUCUGUGCAGUGUCUGCUUUGGGCCUCUCUAUGUCAGUCUGCAUGACCCGGAGAAUAAAGCUCUACGCCGACGUAUUGAACGCCGAUACCUUCAACAAAUCCUGACAGGCUGCGGGAAAGCUCAUUGCAAGAACGAGUACUGCAAGACCGGACGAAAGAACCUCGAACUCAGUACGAAUAUCACGACUAAAGAUGCUCUGCCAAUGAUCAAGCCUUUUCUUGCUGGUCUUACAGAGAGUGGAGAGGCUAGGACGCCUUUGCAUUUCUGCGUAGAGCCAAGUAGCCAGAAGAAGAGAAAUCUCGCCGAGAUGCUGGCCGCUGAGGAUGGCGGCCCGACUGGCAAGGGCGGAUACAGUUUCGAAUGGUGCCUAGGUGCACUUGAGGCUGAGGGCGGAGACCUUGAUGCUGCAAGGAUGUGGUUGAAGAACUGGGCACUGGCAAGGACAGAGGAGAGGAGGUGAUUGAUUAUUACCUCCCCCUCACAAGGCACUUCUGACAUCGUAAUGCUGGUCGUUAGCGCAAAUGUGGUAUGCUUGUGAGAGCAAAGUACCUGAAGCUCUUGGUAACCGGAAGAUCAGCUCUACUCCAGGAUGCUUUCGUAGACGCUGCGCCUCUUGUCCGGGUUACACGACAUGAGGCUAGAUUGGUCAUAUGUGGCGGAGCAUAUAGCCACCUCGUCAGCUCAUCAGCAGACUUGAAUGCGCCACCACUGUUCACGAUGCAAAUCACCUGUCGUCCAGCACACUUCAGAGUCCCGCCA